AUGGCGAAAGCCGGCCCCUCCAAACCGAAGACUCGGUCCCAAACGGCCUCCUACAAGUUGCCAGCAACUUUCGAUCCCACCGACUUCGCCAAACUCAAAGUCGCUGGUCUCAAAGCUCGUCUCGACAAGCAGAAGAUCUUCUUCCAUCCCGGCGCGAACAAGCCAGAGCUACAAGCUACUUAUGUGCUCUGCCUUAUGGGUGUGUUUGUUCCGAACAAGAGAGGAGAUGCGGCGUUGGUGGAGAAGGUUGCGGGGUGGUGUAAGAUGCGUGUUGAGGCGCUGCAUGAUGAGCUCGAGGAUCGGAAACUGGUGAAGGGCGCUAAUAGAUGGGAGUGUAUUGGGGUUCUAGUUGCGCAUGAGAUGAAAGAUAUUGGUAGCGAAGAGGGUAGUGAAUAUGAGGAGCCACCGAAGAAGAAAACCAAGUUUACUCUGAGAGGCAGAGGAAAGGGAAAGAAGGAGAUGGAUGUUGAGGAGUCUCCGGAUGAGAAUGUCAAGAAGAGCAAAACGAAGAAGAAAAGAAAGCAGAAGAAGGCGGUGGUCGAGGAUGAGUCUUCCGAUGAGGAUGCAAGAGAGACCAAACGCAAGGACAAACUCAAGAAGCGACUGCCCGUCGUCGUCGAAGAGUCCUCCGAAGAGGAACUGCCAAGUGCCAAAGCGAACGGCAAGGGAAAGGAGACGGAACUCGAUAAGCCAGCAGAGCAGUCCACCUCGAAGGGCACAGGCAAAGAAAUUGCUACACCAGACUCCUUGGCACAAGAUGGACAACCGGAGUCUUCUACUGCCAUUGAGAAACCCUUCAAGCAUCCGACUCCGGCUGUCAUGAACCUACUCAUCAGCACCAUCUUCGCCGACUUGGCAAAGCCAGAGACCAUCCUCAUCACAGCCUAUCCUGGAAUCCCAUGCAAGACAAAAGACGAAGUCGUGAAUCACUUCAACACCUUCCAAGCCUUCCAAACGCAAGACGCACUCUCAAAGAUUCUCGACAAGCCAAGUUCAGAUGCUGACACACUUCUUUCAUGGAUCGCAUCGAAUUAUGGCGCUGAUAUCAUUCCUGCGGAAGGAGACUUGAAGAUCCCUGGAUUCGCUAAUGAGGUCACGCAGUUCAUUAUUGCCAAGCCUCGCGCCGACCUCGAGGAGCUCUGGAAGAAGGAGUACAGAAAAGACAAGGAGACCUCGAUCUUGUUGUUCCAUGGUUCUAGUUAUGUCAAUCUACAGUCCAUCUUGCGUCGGGGUUUCUUGCAAUCCGUCGAUACUGGCCAUGGAGUCGGCGUCUUCGUAGCAGCAUGCCCAACGAUGUCCAACGGCUACGCAACCUCUGGUAGCAACGGAUAUACCCACCUCGAGAAUGGAACGAUCGCAACGGCGAGUCCUGUCGCUCGUGGAAGCGGAUGGAAAAUGGAUCCCUUUGCAUCCCGGAGACUCAUGCUGGGUUGUGAGGCAACUGGUAAAGGGCGGCCACAAGCCACUGGUGCUCAAGAAGUCCACGUCAUUACCAACAUGAAGUCUGUCAUGGCAAGAUAUAUCUUUCUGAUACCAGAGUCUCAACAUGUCGUCAUACCCACAAGAGCUCAGGUCGGACCAACAAUGAUCACAGCAUUCGACAAAAUCCGCGAUGGUCUGGAGGACGAAGCACCCAAUGAAAUUUCUCCCAAACUCCUGCCAGCACUCAAGAAGAAAACGACUCCUGACUUCAAAGCCAUGAACCUCAUCCUCUCCUCAGUCUUCUCAGACAUCAGCUUGCAUGGAAAACCAAAAGACUGUCCUUUCAAAACAUCAAACGACGUUCUGGCAGCCUUUGAGCACAUACCGUCUUUCACGUCUCAAAAAGAGCUCGAGCAAAUUCUGGGUGAUACAUCGAAUCCUGCUCAUGUGGGACAUGAUGCUGAACGGCAGAGAUUGUGGAAACGAUGCUUCAAAAUCGACUCUGAAAAGUCAAUGAUGCUCUUCCACGGCACUGGACUCCAGAACUUGCAGUCCAUCCUACGCAUUGGCUUCAAGGCAGCUGGGGACACUAGAUACGGCCCAGGACUCUUCAUGGGUCUAGAGCUUGAGACCUCGCUCGGCUAUGUUGGCGAUCGCAAACCGUUAUUACAACCAUGGAAAUCUGAUACUUAUCAUAAGCGCUUUGGUUUGUUGUUCGGAUGUGAGGUCACUGACAACGGGCUACCUCUGGUGCAUGACUACCAAGACCAAGAUGACAACGCCGUCGUCAUCAAUAGACUUAGAGCUAUUGUUCCCCGAUACCUCUUCUUGGUUCCAUUAGGAGCCGAAUAUUGGACAACGGUCCAGCAGACACGUAUGCCUCCAAGAAAUGAGGUCAACGACCCAAUGAUGAAAGCUUUUGAGAAGAUCCGAGCUCUUAUCAAAGAGAAGUCAGCAGGAAGCUCAGGAUGA